AUGGGGCACGCUGGGCGCCAGUUCCAAGCCCUGUUCUGGAAGAACUGGCUUUGCAGACUGCGGCACCCAGUCCUCUCGCUCGCUGAAUUCUUCUGGCCGUGUAUCCUGUUCAUGAUUCUGACAGUGCUUCGUUUUCAAGAGCCUCCCAGACACAGAGAUAACUGUGAGUUUCACUUUGAAUCCCGGGAUCUUCCCAGCCGGGGUGUUCUCCCUUUUGUUCAAGGACUUCUUUGUAACACUGGCUCAAGUUGUAGGAACAUCAGCUUUGAGAGCUCCAUGGACCACCAUUUUCGUUCGUCUAGGUUCCAAACUGCAACGGACGACAGCCAAGUCAGUAGCUUGGCCUUUUUAAAAGAGAUACAGGACCUGGCUGAGGACAUUUUUGAAACAAUGGACAAGGCAAAGAGCUUACAAAAACUCUGGCUGAAAAGAUCAGAAACCUCCGGUUCCUCCUAUGGCUCAAGUUUUCUAACAGUGGAUCUCAAUAAAACGGAGGAUGUGCUAUCGAGAUUGGAAAAUCUUCACCAGCAGCCUCACGUUUGGCACUUUCUACACUCACUUCCCAGACUUCGCACAACCCACGCUCACUUGGAAGACAGUGUGGACACCGUGACACACUUUCUCCAGGCAGGUUUGAAUUCGUUAACAUCUCUGGGAGCUGUGGACUGGCUACCGUUGCAGCAGACUGUCCCCCAGGUUUCUAGACAUGUUCUGAACGUGACCAUUUCUACCCUGCGGUUUCUGUUGGAGCAUGGAGCAGCUCCAGUGCAUAAAUCAUCUGUGUUCACAGAGUCCGUUUACCACCUGUCCCUGCAGAAUAUGGUGUGGGAUCUACAGAAAGUCCAGUCUGAUCUCAAAUCCCUGUUUGGUUUGAAUGACCUUCAAAUGGAACGUCUCCUGAAUUAUUCAGCUGAGCUGAAGGAGAUUCCUACACACAGCUUCCUGGAGAGGAUGAUAUGUUCCAUCUUGUCCAACACUUCUGAGGUUGAAGCUGAGAGCAAGGGCUACCAGGCAGACUGCCAUCCCAAGUGGUCAGCGGUCAAGAACUAUAUCAUCCAUGCAGUCAGUUGGCUGAAGCUCUAUGGACAGCUGUUUGACCAGUGGCAGCGGGGUGGCCUGCUGCAGAACCUGCUUACAGGUGCCAGCCACGGUCUGGCAGCCCUUCGGGACCAGUUUGACAAGGGCAGUGAAGUACGGAAGGUGCUGGAAGUGUCGCACACUGCACUGCUCAUCCUGAGUGACAGCUGGGCAGCGGACGGCCUCAGAGGCAGCCAUCUGCGUCCACAGAUAUUCGAGCACCUGGGCAAGUUGCAGCGUACGGUGUCGGACCUGUCCCCACGUUCGUCUCUAAAGAGCUUGCCCCUGCUGGAUCCUGUUCUCAGGAACGUGGUGGCCCAGGACUUGCGUUUUGUUCAAGGAGUCCUCAGUUACCUGGAGACAUCAGCGAGGGAUUUUAUACCUGGUGGUCCUGACAGCUGGAGACUAGAAAAGGAUAUGUUCUUCUGGGGGUUGAAGCAGCUGUUGAGAAAGGAUGCUUCUACCACUUGCCUGAAUGGACACUUGUCUCAGGAGGCGGCCCUCCCCCCUGGGAACUCCAGCAUCUGGAGGAGUCUCUGGGGAGUGCUGUGCCGCAGCCCCUCCUUCAAUGAGACCAGUGUUUUAAGUCAGCUGCUUCUCGCAGUGAAGGAUGCUGGUCGUCGUUUGCAAGACGUCAUCGCAGGACACACCGAUGGACCCAUUUCAGAACCAGACAGGCAUUUAGACUGGAAGGCUCUUGGAACACAGCUGUCAGAAGUGAACUUGACCUGUUCUCAGGUCUUCAAGCCACCAGGAGCUGCUGCUUCACCUGAGAACGGCAUCUCUCCUGGGGGCUGUGAGAACCAGCUCGUCUCCACAGUGAUAUCUCACAUACUUGAAGAAGGACAGAUGUCCCUGCAGGAACUGUUGUACUGGAAAGUCUUCUCAGGAAUCAUUAGGAAGACGUGUGAAUUGGCUCGAUAUGUGAACAUGCAUGGAAGUUUCCAGAGCAGUCCGCCGGGUAAGUUGGGAGGUCUUACUUUCUCUGAGAACUCUCCUUGUCAGACACAAAACAUGGAUUGGAAAGCUAUCAUUGAUAAUUAUUUCUUAUUUUUCAAUAACGUUGUGAAGUCCCCAAUAACUUCCACAGCCAGGGUCUUAAAUUUCACAAAGCAUCUUUUAGUGGAGGACAAGAAGCUGCACACCCUUGAAAAUGGACCGAUGAACGUUCUUUUGUCAUUUGUGGAGUUUUUGGAGGAAUUGUUAUUAUCUGAUCCUUCUGGCUCAUUCACGGCUCCUGAAUUCCAUGAUCUCACUUUGCUCCCCGAGCUUGUUCUGAAUAGAAGUGUUCUGUGGAGAAAUCAUUUAGAAAGUUUGCAGAGAGACCCACAUGAUGGUGAUGCUCAGAAACUUCUGGAAUUUGAUAAACUGGUCACUGAGAAAAUUCAAAGUCUUAAAGAUCAUUGGAUGAGGAGGGAAUCCAAAAAUAUUUUGAGAUUCAUAAAAUUAAUACUUUUUGAAAUUAAACCAGAGUUGCGAGAAUUCUGGCUCAAUGGCAUUUCACAAGAAGAAAGAGCUAAAUUUGAAAUCUCGUCCACACUUGGAAAUUUUUCUGUUCCAGAAUAUGAGAAAAUUUUUAGCGAAAGCUUUAAUUUCUCCCAAUUGUUCCAUUCUGAUUGGCCCCAAUCACCAGCUGUGGAUGCAGACUUUAUACAUUUAAGCCGGAUUAUAAUACAUGGUCUCUCUGAAUUGAGCUUUCUGACCCAGGAACAAGUCUCAAUAGCUCUGGACACCAUCUAUGUGCUGAAGAAUGUGUCUGAGCUUUUCUCCACUCUUUCCGAACAUCAAAAGCAAGAACUGGGUAACAUUUUGACUCAUAUAAAUGUCUUCAAAGACAGAGAUGCAGCUCUCCUUCUCCAGACCUACUCUUCCUUUUAUCAAUAUUUUCAUAAAUUCUUGAACAUUCAGAAAAGAGAGUCCCUGAUAAUUUAUCUUACUCAAAUCUUUAGACAUAUUUUGGAUCUCAUAAAGCAGUUUAAUAUCCAAAACAUCAGUAAAGCACUUUUGCUUUUAUCAGAGACAACAGAGGCUCUCGGGAUGAUACCUGAAGUAUCUCACUGUCAGCAAUUGCUUUCAGUUUUAAACUUGUUAGAGCUUCAGGCCCAGUCCCUGCUGUCUACGGAGGGCCGGGCACCGGGAGUGAUUCACGCGAGUUUGACAGGCCUCAAGCAGCUGUUUGUGGCAGAUGAAGGUUUUCGUGUUUCUCUACUUCAGUAUGUCAAUCAGUUCUUUAAUGAUUCAGCAGGGACUCUGCUGCCAAGUGAAUGCUUUGUCCUGGAAAACACAGCCAUUUCUUCUGUGAAUUACUCAGGAAACGAGGGAGCUUCACUCCUCUUCCCAUGGACACAAUUGUUUUCCAACCUCACAGUAAAUGGCAGUGUGAUCAGCGAAUUCACGGCCGUUCACUGUACCCUUUCAUGGAUUCGGACAUGGACUGAGAUCUGGGGAACCCUUUCUCAGAUACUGAAACUUGACCUGAAUAUUUUCACUUCUCUUCAUGUUGGUAUCAUUCAGCUUUUGGAUGAGUUGGAAAAUGGUGGGAACAUUUCUCAAAACUGCAAAGGGAUAGUUCCCACUUAUCAUACUGCUAGACUCAUAUUAAAUUUAUUUAAAAACGUAACUCAGGAGAAUGGCUUUCAUGACUGGGAAGGCCUUCUGGACCUCAGAGAUCUUUGGGUAGCAUUAGAUAAUGAAUUAGCUGUGGUACAAUCACUUAACCUGGCUCAAGCAGAGGGCGCUUUUGUUACCAUGGAAACCUCCCUGCGCCAGCUGAAGACAUUUCCAAUGAAAACAAAUGCAAGCAGGGAGUUUUUAUCUUCCCUCUUGGAUGUUUUCAUUGAGUUGAGCAAAGCCUCGGACUAUGUGGCUAGAAAUACAGACCUGAUCAAUAACUUUCUCUCCAAUGAUCUCACAGAUCCUGGAGGCAAAUUUGCAAGUGGCAUCACUGAGCUGAGAGAAACAAUAUUAUUUCUUAGGAAUGUAUCACAGGAUAGAGGUUUAUUGUCAUGUGCCGAUAUUUUCCAGAGUGUCACUGAAUUGAUUUCUGAAAGUAAUGUAUUACCUGUGAAUGCUUCUAAGAAGCCAGCGCAUAUUCUGGCCAUGUUAAGUUCCAUAUUUUCAUCGAAGAAUGCAAGUAGCAGCCUGGACGGGUGUUUAGCAUGGAUAGACGUAAUAAACCAUUUGUGUAUGAUGUACAACUCAAGUUCUCUACCUGGCCAUCUUCAUAGCGCUUUGGGAAGCUUUAAGGAUAUGGAGAACAAAAUGAACUCUGCACUGAAAAUUUUAACUUGGGUGCUAAAUAGGAAGAUACCCAUUUGUCCACCGAAUGAGUCAAAUGUAAAUUGUGUGAAUAUUUACCUGAAAGACGUAACUGAAUUUCUAAAUAUUAUAGUUACUCCAGGCUUAGAAAAAGAGGUUGCCAAGUUUGAGACUUUAUUAGCGCUCUUCAAUAAUUCCACCGAGCCGGUAAACAUGAUCAUCACCAACUUAACAGAAGACUUGGAAUUUGCCUCCCAGUUCGACUGGAAGCACUUCAGGGACUUACUUCUAGGACCCACAGGAAUGUCGGAUGGCAUUCCUGAUCAGUUUCAGGAUAUUUGGCAGCACAGCAUAGCAUUGGGGAAGGAAAUGCAGAAACUUUUCGAAGGUAUCAUUCAUAGUGUCCUUGGAAGUAGUUCCUCUUCUAGCGCUGAAAGAGUGCUUAGUGUAUUCUCCGUCAGUCCAAAGGAAAGAGAUAUAAGCCACUUGCACAAUUCAGUUCGCCGCUUAGCUAAUUACGUUGCUCUCAACCUAACUCAUUAUCUUCAGAAUUCAUCAGAAGUAGUCCCCCAGGAAAUAAUGAAAGCUGUGGAUCUUGGCAUUCAACUGACGCGGGAUGUGUUCAACUCCCUAAUGCCUGCUGUCCGUUUCAGUAUUCCAGAAAAUUCAGACCCGGCUCAGGUUUUAAAGAAAGUGGCGUCUCUCAUGCAUUCUCUCAAGAAGGCAGACACAGAACUCUUGGUAGGCCAGCUGGGCGAAAUCAGUGAAAACCUGAUGAGUUUCUUUAAGAACCUCAGCAGGACGGGUGUCGACCAUUUAGGGGUCAAUAUGGUUGUCGGCUUAGUGGACAAGCUUGUUGCCAGCUCCCAUUCCUGGAGUGUCAACCACCUGCUGCGUCUCUCCCGUCUGCUUCCCCAGGAAGUAGUGACAGCUGUGUUGGAUGUGUAUUACGCUCUUCCCCAUAUGGUGGGGCUCCUGCAGAGGGUCACAGACAAAAACAUCACAGAAAGCCUCAGGGACAUCUAUAACUUCACACUUCUUCAUGGGAUAACCAUGUUCAACACCACCAAGGAAGACUUUGCCGAUGCGAUUAAAACUCUUCUGGACACAGUUGAGUUAGUGUCGGAUGAGCCAGCAGUUAUUUCCGAGGCUUUAAUGUGCCUUCCCAGGGUUUGGUGCUCGAACCACACAACUUCCAGGCUUGAGGAAAGCCCUAAGGUAGAAGGCUGUAAUGUCCAGGGGCACAUGUCUCCCUCCUUAUACCACAUGGCGACCAGUAUACUGGACCUUCUCCAUCUGCCAUGGCCGAGUGAUUCAGAAUGCAUAAAUGAAAACCCCGGAGAGGAAAUAACCAGGAAAGUGGUCUGUGCGAUGCAUGAUUUUGCAGACUGGAAUUUGAUUCUCUCAGAGCUGUUGGAGAUUUUCCAUGUUAAAAACGUACUUGGGAAAACCCUGCAGGGACUUUGGCAUAAGGUGUUACCUUUCAUGUCACCUUCUGGAAACCAAGGUAAUGACAGCAUCUCAGAACUCUGUCCUAACGGGACAGUAAAGCAAGGUGCUUUGCAAAUCAUAAAAAACCUAAAACAUGCAAAUUUUACAAAAUUUAAACUGCUUGAAAACAUGCUCAACAAGCUAGGCAGCUUAGACAAGAUUCUUAACAUUACUCAAGGCACAGAGACAUCUGCUCAAAAUAAUGUUUCUUUAAAUUUGGGGAGGAUCUUCAAAUUGAUUUCUGCUCUUUGGAGUUUAAGAAAUAGUACUCACCAUCUGCUCUCACCAAUCACAAACUUUCUGAAUGCAAAUCACACAGACAGGAGCCCAGACUCAUCAGGCUUAAUAAAAAAUGAUGAAGCAACUCACAGCUUUGAAGACCUGUGGUUUCACUUCAAACAAAGCACCAUGGACCCAAGCGAUAACUUCAGUCUAGGACAACUACUUUCUGAUAUUAACAGAAAGAUCCAAGACAUAGCUCUUCAAAACACAACUGUGCAACUUCCUCGGCUUCUGGAAAUCCUGGAUUCAUCACCAUUGACGAUGUCGGAAAUUACUGAAGGUUUUCUAUUUCUCCUAAAACACUGGCUCCAUGAAUAUGAAAAUGAAGAUUACUUUCGGUUGGUGCAAAGACUACUCAGUGCCAUGGCCAGUGGGAAUUCAACUGAUGUAACUGUGCUGGCCAGGGAUCUUACUACAUAUUUGGGCUAUCUCAAAAACAGUACUGGAGAAGGCGAUUUUGAUGUCGGCGUCCUCACCCGUAUGCUAAAUCAGGAGCAGCUAGCUGAUUUCUCAACUUUUCAGUCACUUCUGGAAAGCAUUGUGAUGAAUUUAGUUAGUAACUUUGCUGAGCGUUCUCAGGAAUCAGCUCUGAAUUUCAGCAGCACUGACCUUCACACAAGGGAUUUCAUUAGUCUCAUCUUGAACCACACACAGUCCCAAAAUGGUGGGGAAACUGCAGGACAGGCAGAGGGUUUUCUGAAGCAGCUUCUGGAGACACUCUUCUCCUCUUUGCUAAAUGGGAUGCCUGAGAACAAAAUAUCACUUCUACUAAAAGACCUGCAUAGAGAUUUCAUGGCUGAGAUGAGUUUUGUCCCCAGAGAUAAAAUUCUUGAAAUUCUGAAACUGGAUCCAUUCCUUACCUGGUUGAAUGAGGACACAUUGAUGAACAUUGUCUCAAGUUUCAGGACCCUGUAUCAUCUGAUUAAGAACUCAUUUUCAUUCAACAACAGAGAACUCUCUGCAGUUCUGAAAGGUUCAUCUCACACCCAUCCAAGGGAGCCUGUGGUGAAUGCUGACACUGAAGACCACUUGGACUUCUUUAGCAUAGUGACUCAGUUUCUCUCCCAGGUUAAAAAUUCUGUGGGCCUCUCCAAACUCAACCAAAAUCUCAGGUCUGUUCUCCGCCUCGUGAGAGAAAGUUCUGUAGAAAUGGCUAAUAUCAAGGACAUUCUCUUCCAUUCACCUGCUCUGACCUGCCACUCCUCCUCCCCCAUGCCCCAGCACACUGCACUUGCUAAGCUAACUGAGUUGUUUUCUGUUGUAAAUAGUUCAUUCGCUCUAAGAAACAGAGAAACGCUGGAAUCAACUCUGAGGUUAUUUGGUGCCAUUUCCCGAGUGGGUGCGGAAAGUCAUGUCUUAGAGCAGGCUUUGGAAAUUUCUAGAACUCUGGCCAUGCUGGUGAAUAGCACUGCUGAACUGGGUGGUCUUGCCUCAUCAGUGGACUCCAUGGUGAGACUUCUCAAUCUAGCCACAAAGGUUUCGAGAAAGAUGGCUACAAUAUUGGGAGAGCUGUCCAUAUCUAGUACAGAGGACUCCUGGAAAAUCCUUGAUACUUUGUAUUCCAUCGUGCUACAAAGUUCUCAAGAUCAUGUGAAGCAAAUAAUGUCUUCGGAAAAAGUAGCUCCUUUUAUAUUUGAGAAGGGGAAGGCUUUGUUGACGCCAUUUCUUGACUUGAGCUUCGCGAUGAUUGGAGUCACCCCUAAUAUGUCCCAGGACCCUGAUGUUCUCAGCAUGUCAUCUAGCGGCAUCCUUUCAUAUGUCAACCAAUCCAAAGACUUUUCUGAGAUUGGGGAAGAAAUGGCUGAAAAUUUAAUUUCUACAAAACUCAGUUUGAGAGACUUGGAGCAUCUUGUGGUGGUGAUUAAAAACAGGACUCAAAAUGUUUCUACGGAUGCUGCUAACUUGUGGGAAGAGAGUCUAGAUUGCUUAGUUCCUAUAAGUAACAUUACAAACCAAAUGGACUUCCUGAAGCUUUAUGAGCUUCAUUCUACCCGUCAUCCUCAGGCCCUGAGGCAGGAGAGAAGUCAGGAAGUAAUCCUUUCUUUAGAUAGAGUGUUAACAGAGAACAGCACAGAAAGAGAGACUUUCUUGAAAAUGGUGAUUGAUCUCACUUUACAAGCUCUUUCAAAUGGCUUAAAGGAAGAUAACUGGGAUAUUUUUAAUCUUCUGUUGACAUUUGCCCAGCACCCAAAUGACCUUUUAAAAACCAUAGAGUCAGUUGUAGAGGCCUCCAGUGGGAUUCAAAGUGACUCUGGAGAUGAGUUAAGCCAAGAUUUAUUUUCCAAUUUGUCAUUGAUUCAGAACGCCACUCGCUAUCAGCUUGCAAAAGAAGUCCUGAUUGGUCUCAGCAGAAUAGUCCCCUCAAGAGAAGGGCUGCCCCCAAACAACGCUCAGUGGGCACAUUUCACACGCACUUUGUUUUACUCAGAUGGCAACAGGUUUCCUAAGUCAGCUACUGGUCAGAAUGUUACAUCAGCAAAGAAUGGAGGGACCAAAGAAGAAACGAUAUCAAUUUCCCACGGCUACGAAUCAAUGUCAUACUUCCAGAAAUUCCUGAAGGCAUUAUUUGCAGUGAUUGAACACUGGCAGAGAGUCCCACAAGCCCAUCAAAGUGUUUUUGAGAUGUGUCAAGUUUUCCGGCAGCUGGAGAAGCCCUCGGAAGCUGUGGAGAUGCUGCACAGAGUGGAGAGGAUGGCUCUGCGUGUGCUCAUCAUCUUUGCAGGGGCAGGAGAAAGCACAGCACAUGAAAGGAACAUGCUAGAAAUGGACAGAGAUACAGCCUCGCCCUUUCGGUCUUGCAGCGGUGUGCCUGCCAUUGCUGCCAUUUAUCUCCUUUCUGCUCUCAUGGGGACAUUCGGGAACGAGCCGGGCCUCAGUACCCAUGGCAGAGCAGUGAAGGGGGCUGGGGAAGGAGGCUGCAUCUGUGGGGAUGUCAAUAGUGGACGUCUAAGUGAAGAACGGGGUGAGGCUGGGUGUCCUUUCAUGCUCCAGCACAAGCGUGCUCUGCCGUUGCUCCGGCCAAGGCUCUGUGUGGUCCACAGUGCUGAAAUCUCAAUCUUCAUCUCGCUGGUCUUAGAAAUGGGAAAGAUAUGGUUCUCAUCGGAUCAGCUGGACUGUGAACGUCUCAGUGGGAGUCUUUCCAGCGCCUUGGAAGGCUUCAAAAGCAGCUUGCAAGAUGCUUCUAGCCAAGGCUGCACGUGCCGGCAGCCCCUGGUGGGAACAGUUCAGCUGCAGACGCACAGGUUGAUCAAAAGUCUUAAGGAGACUUGGAUGACAAAGAUUCCUGUUCUGAUGUUUCUUAGCAAUUUCACAGUCACAGAAGAUGUAAAAGUAAAGGACUUGAUGAAGAACCUGAGCAGAUUAACUGAGGACCUUCGUUCCUCCCUCCACAUCUCAGACGAGACCAUCCAGAGCAUCUUAGAAGCCACCAUUUCCCAUUCAAAGCUUCUCUCCAAUGUCCUUACUCUGGCUUUGUCUGGAAAGUGUGAUGAGGAAAGUCUUCAUCUCCUGUUGACAUUUCCCAACAAUGAGAAAUCCUGGUUCGCCACAAGGGAGCUCUGCAGCCUGUCCGGGACUCAAGUGUUCUCUCUGCUCCUGAUGAUGGGCCAGAACCUGAACCUGAGGAACUUCGUUUACAAAACUCUGAUACCCUCUGAAGCAAAUGGCUUGCUCAACUCCCUGUUGGAUGUCAUUUCCAGCCUCAGCUCCAUCCUUACCAGAGCGCAGCAUGCCCUGGAACAGCUCCCUGAGUUUCUUCACAAAUUUAAAAUUACCGCCUUGCUAGACAUGCCAGACUUCCAACAGGUUUCACAGAGACACCAAGCCCGAAGUUCAUCUUUGGCUUCUUUCCAGUCGGUGAUGAAGCUCCUUUGUAAGGACCAGGAGACUUUCCUCAGCAACUCUAACAUGUUCGUUCGUUUACCCAGAGUUAACGAACUCUUGGAGAAUGACAAAGAGAAGUUCAACAUUCCUCAUGACUCAACACCCUUUUGUUUGAAGCUUUACCAGGAAAUUCUACAGUCUCCAAAUGGUGCCCUGGUAUGGUCUUUCCUAAAACCUAUAUUACAUGGAAAAAUACUGUAUACACCAAAUUCUCCAGCAAUCAAUGAGGUCAUUCAGAAGGCUAAUUAUACUUUUUACUUCGUGGAUAAGAUAAAAAUUUUAUCGGAAACACUUCUGAAGCUAUCCAGACUUUUCCAGGGAAGUGGAAAUGGACAAAUGUUCAACCAGUUGCAGGAUGCCCUGAGAAACAAAUUCAUAAGAAGCUUUGUAGAGAGCCACUUGGAUAUUGAUGUGGACAAGCUCACGGAAGAUCUGCACACAUAUGGACAGACCCUGGAUCAGAUGUUUAACCAUGAGGGGGCUGGACACUUCCAGUUUUUGGGCGGUAUCUUGGCCAAUCUCUCUUCCUGCGUGGUGUUGGACCGAUUCCAGGCAGUGGAGACUGUUGGCGCCCUGGAGACCACGGCACAUGAACUCAUGCAGCAGAAUAGUUUCUUGGCCAGUGUCAUAUUCAACAGUUCUUUGGGACACAGACACAUCAGAUCAGCACGUCGUAAAUUGCCACCUCAUGUCACAUAUACAAUCCGGAUCAACGUCUUAUACACUAUGAGGACAGACUUGAUAAAAUAUCCUUCCUGGAAGUUUCAUCCUCAGAAUCUACCAGCUGAUGGGUUCAAGUAUAACUAUAUUUUUGUCCCACUGCAAGACAUGAUCGAGAGAGCCAUCAUUGCAGUACAGACUGGACAGGAAGUCGUGGAGCCAACGACCCAGGUGCAGGCAGCUCCCUACCCAUGCCACACCAGUGACUUGUUCCUGAACAAUGUUGGCUUCUUUUUCCCCCUGAUUAUGAUGUUGACUUGGAUGGUGUCUGUGGCCAGCAUGGUCCGGAAGCUGGUUUAUGAGCGGGAGAUCCAGAUAGAAGAGUACAUGCGGAUGAUGGGACUGCAUCCGGCCAUCCACUUCCUGUCCUGGUUCCUGGAGAACAUGGCCACGCUGGCUCUGAGUAGUGCAGCUCUGGCUGUCAUUCUGAAGAUGAGUGGCAUCUUCAUGCACAGUGAUGCUUUUAUCAUUUUUCUUUUCUUGCUGGAUUUUGGAGUAUCCGCUGUCAUGCUAAGCUACUUCUUGAGUGUGUUUUUCAACCAAGCUAAUACAGCGGCCCUGUGUACCAGCCUGGGCUACAUGAUCAGCUUCCUGCCAUAUGUGGUUCUGCUAGUCCUACACAACCAACUCAGCUUCACCAUUCAGAGCCUUCUGUGCUUGCUCUCAACCACAGCCUUCGGACAAGGAGUCUUUUUCAUUACAUUUCUGGAAGGGCAGGAGGAAGGCAUCCAGUGGAGUCACAUGUACCGAGCUCCAGAGCCAGGAGGCAUGACAUUUGGCUGGGUCUGCUGGAUGAUUCUGUUUGAUUCCAUCCUCUAUUUUCUGUGUGGAUGGUAUUUUAGCAACUUGGUCUCUGGAACUUUUGGUCUAGGGAAACCAUGGUAUUUCCCCUUCACUGCAUCCUAUUGGAAAAGUGUGUGUGGUUUGAUAGAGAAGCGGCGAUGUUCUCUGAGUUCCGGUUUAUUCUUCUUCAACGAGGACUUUGGUAGCAAAGGGCCCUCACAGCAAAAUGGCCCAGGAGAGCUGGAAGGAGGUACCCCAGGAGUGGCUCUAAUAUCGGUGACAAAGGAAUAUGAAGGCCACAAAUUAGCUGUCCAAGAGCUCACCCUCACCUUCCACAGAGACCAGAUCACAGCCCUGCUGGGAACCAAUGGUGCAGGGAAAACAACCAUCAUAUCCAUGUUGAUGGGGCUCUACCCUCCCACUUCUGGAACGAUCAUCAUAAAUGGCAAGAACCUGCAGACAGAUUUGUCCAAGAUCAGAGAGGAGCUGGGCGUGUGUCCACAGCAGGAUAUUCUCCUGGACAACCUCACUGUGCGGGAACACCUGAUGCUCUUUGCUGCCAUAAAAGCACCUUGGUGGGCCAAGAAGGAGCUACAGCAGCAAGUCGACAAAACUCUUGAUGAAGUGGAGCUAACUCAGCAUCAGCACAAGCCGGCUCGAGUUCUGUCUGGAGGCAUGAAGAGGAAGCUCUCCAUUGCUAUUGCUUUCAUGGGCAGGUCAAAGACAGUGGUUCUGGAUGAGCCGAGCAGUGGGGUAGACCCUUGCUCCCGUCGCAGCCUCUGGGAUAUUCUACUCAAGUACCGGAAAGGUCGCACAAUCAUCUUCACAACCCACCACCUGGAUGAAGCUGAGAUGCUCAGUGACCACGUGGCUGUGCUCCAGCAAGGGAAGCUCAGAUGUUAUGCUCCUCCUGCGGGCCUGAAGGAGACCUAUGGCCAAGGACUCACUCUGACGCUUACCAAACAACCCUCUGUCCUAGAAACCCAGGAGCCCAAGGAUGUAGCUCGUGUUACAUCCUUGAUACAGGUCUAUAUUCCCCAAGCAUUCCUCAAAGAUAGCAGUGGAGGUGAGCUGACCUACACCAUCCCCAAAGAUGCAGACAAGUCCUGCUUCAAGGGGCUUUGCCAGGCCCUGGAUCAGAACUUACAGCACCUACACCUGACGGGGUAUGGCAUCUCAGACACCACCUUGGAAGAGGUGUUUUUGAUGCUUUUGCACGAUACCAACAAAAAGUCUCACAUCACUCCCGAAACCAAGUUAGACCCUCAGAAUGAGAUACCUGCUGGACCUUCUCCUCAACAUGGUGCCUCUCCUGUGAGGACUCCACCUGUAUGGGCCCUGUCUGAGCCCACGGGGGGUUUCCAGCUGCUUCUGGGACAGGCGGUGUCACUCCUGAGGAAGCGGCUACUGCACACCCUACGAGCCUGGAAAAGCACCACCUCAGACCUGCUACUGCCGGUGCUCUUCGUGGCCUUGGCCAUGGGCUUGUUCAUGGUGCAGCCUCUGGCUAUCACUUACCCGCCUCUCAAACUGACGCCUGGGCAUUAUGGGACUGCAGAAACUUACUUUUUCAGCAGUGGAAGCCAUGGCGUGGACCUGGCCCACGUGCUUCUGCGCAAGUUUGGAGAUAAGGAUCCUCUCUGUGCUGAUGGUCAGCUGGAAAAUUCUUCAGGCUGGCAUAAGGACCCUUUUUCUGGCCCAGAAUUCCAGAAGUCAUGCGGCUGCCUGAAGUGUCCAAAUAAAAGUGCCGGGGCUCCGUAUCUGACCAACUGCCUGGGACACACACUACUCAACCUCUCGGGCUAUGAUGUGGAAGAGUACUUGCUGGUGCCAUCUGCAAAACCAAGGCUUGGAGGUUGGUCUUUUGGAGUACAAAUUCCCAAUGAAGAUAAAGAAGUGAAGACCAACGCAUCAGAACAAAGGACUUUGGCAAAGGUGUGGUAUAACCAGAAGGGUUUCCAUUCUCUCCCCUCCUACCUAAACCAUCUCAACAACCUGAUCUUAUGGCAGUACUUACCCCCGGAUACUUCAGACUGGAGACAAUAUGGAAUAACACUGUACAGCCACCCGUAUGGAGGAGCCCUGCUGAAUGAGGACAAAAUCCUGGAGAGCAUCCGCCAGUGUGGUGUCGCCCUCUGCAUUGUCCUGGGAUUCUCCAUCCUGUCCGCAUCCAUUGGGAGUUCAGUCGUGAGGGACAGGGUGACCGGAGCUAAAAGAUUGCAACAUAUAAGUGGCCUUGGCUACAGGACAUAUUGGCUAGUUAACUUCCUGUAUGACAUGCUCUUUUACUUGGUUUCCGUCUGCCUGUGUGUCGCCAUUAUAGCCGCCUUCCAGUUAACAGCUUUCACUUUCCGGGAGAACUUGGUGGCCACAGCCCUCCUGCUGGCACUUUUCGGAUAUGCAAUGAUUCCAUGGAUGUAUCUGAUAUCCAGAAUCUUUCCCAGUUCCGACGUUGCCUUCAUCUCCUACAUCUCCUUGAACUUCAUUUUUGGUUUGUGCACCAUGCUGAUGACUGCCAUGCCCCGGCUCUUAGCCAUCAUUUCCAAAGCCCAGAAUUUGCAGAAUAUCUACGAUGUGCUCAAGUGGGUUUUUACUAUUUUUCCUCAAUUCUGCCUGGGUCAAGGGCUCAUAGAACUCUGUUAUAAUCAGAUCAAGUACGAUCUGACUCACAACUUUGGCAUUGAUUCUUAUGUGAGCCCCUUUGAGAUGAAUUUCUUGGGCUGGAUCUUCGUGGAGUUGACCUUGCAGGGCACAGUUCUUCUCCUCUUGAGGAUUCUGGUACAUGGAGACCUUCUACGAUGGCCAAGGGUCCACUUUGCCCCUCAGGACACGGUCAAGUCUGCUAAGGACAUAGAUGUUGAAAAGGAGCAAAUGAGGGUGCUUGAAGGAAAGACCGGAGGAGACAUUCUUGUGUUGUGCAACCUCAAUAAGAGCUACAGAAGUGUUUUCAGGCGGAAGACCACUGCUGUGCAUGACCUUAGUCUGGCCAUACCACGAGGCGAGUGCUUUGGGCUCCUUGGAGUGAAUGGCGCUGGGAAGAGCACAACAUUCAAAAUUCUGACUGGUGAAAUUCCACCAAGUUCAGGCUAUGCCGUCGUCAGAACUCCUCAGGGAGACAUGGUGGAUCUGACUUCUGCUGGCAAAGUGGGAAUUCUCUUUGGCUACUGUCCACAGCAGGAUGCCUUGGAUGAGCUCCUGACUGGCUGGGAGCAUCUCCAAUACUACUGCAGCCUCCGUGGGAUUCCAAGACAGUACAUUCCAGAGGUGGCUGCAGACCUGGUAAGGCGCCUUCACCUUGAAUCUCAUGUGGACAAACCUGUGGCCACAUACAGUGGGGGCACCAGACGGAAGCUCUCCACUGCCCUGGCCCUGGUGGGGAAACCUGACAUUCUCUUAUUGGAUGAACCAAGCUCUGGGAUGGACCCCUGCUCUAAGCGGUAUCUGUGGCAAACCAUAACGCAGGAGGUUCGGGAUGGCUGUGCUGCGGUGCUGACCUCUCACAGCAUGGAAGAGUGUGAGGCGCUGUGUACCAGGCUAGCCAUCAUGGUGGACGGCAGCUUCAGGUGUCUCGGCCCCCCUCAGCACAUCAAGAACAGGUUCGGUGAUGGUUAUACAGUCAAAAUUUGGCUCCACAAGGAAGGAAGCCAACCUAGUGCCGUUUCCGACUGCUUGAAAGUCCAUUUCCCAGGAAUCCAGUUUAAGGGACAGCACCUGAAUUUAUUGGAAUAUCAUGUACAGAAAAGUUGGGAGUGUUUGGCUGAUUUGUUCAAGGUUUUGGAGAACAACAAGAGCCUCCUGAAUAUCAAGCACUACUCCAUCAACCAGACCACACUAGAACAGGUUUUUCUUAAUUUUGCCACCGAGCAACUGUAA